AUGGAUGGUAUUGAUCCAGACGUCCUACUGGAAUGGUUACAAACAGGUAUUGGAGACGAGCGAGAUCUCCAGAUGAUGGCUUUGGAGCAGCUGUGCAUGUUGCUGUUAAUGUCAGAUAAUAUUGACCGAUGCUUUGAAUCGUGUCCACCACGGACAUUUCUUCCAGCCCUUUGUAAAAUCUUUCUCGAUGAAACCGCAACUGAGGCUGUACUCGAGGUUACUGCUCGCGCCAUUACUUAUUACCUUGAUGUCUCCAAUGAGUGCACUCGUCGGAUAAUACAAGUUGAUGGUGCAGUUAAAGCGAUCUGCAAUAGACUUGCAGCUGCUGAGAUGACAGACAGGACCAGUAAAGAUCUAGCUGAGCAAUGUGUGAAACUACUGGAGCAUAUCUGUCAACGAGAGACACUCGCCGUGUACGAUGCUGGUGGUAUGCAUGCUAUGCUCACCCUUGUUCGACAACAUGGAUCCCAAGUCCAUAAGGAUACCAUGCAUUCGGCUAUGUCCGUAGUCACUCGGUUGUGUGGAAAAAUGGAACCGAAUGAUGCUGCAUUGCUACAAUGUGCUGAAAGUCUUGGAGCUUUGCUUGCGCACGAAGAUAAUAAGGUCUCUGAGAGUGCUCUUCGUUGCUUCGCAGCUCUUACUGACCGUUUUAUUCGCAAGAUGCUAGACCCUGCUGAGUUGGCCACACACAGCAAUUUGGUUGAGCACCUGCUAACCACACUGUCUAGUGAAACUGCUACCCAUUCUGCCAAUUUCAUCUCUAUUGUCCUGUCGUUGCUCAGUAAUCUUUGUCGGGGAAGUGCUGCGGUUACUGAGCAGGUUUUAAGUUCUCCUCGCCUAAUUUCGGCUUUACAAUGUGUUCUCACCAAUAAAGAUGACCGUUGUGUCACUGAUGGCCUCCGACUAGCCGACUUACUUGUCGUUUUAUUAAGCGAGGGUCGAUCAGGUCUUCCAUUUACAAUGGCGGUAGGACAAUCGGGCCAGAGUGGUCAAAGUGCUGAACGUGCGCAUCGUCAUCUAAUUGAUGCUAUAAGACAGAAGGAUCUCAGUGCUCUCGUCGAUACAAUAGACAAUGGCGUUGUCGAUGUUAACUUCACGGACGAUGUUGGGCAGACUUUAUGCAAUUGGGCAUCUGCGUUUGGUUCACUGGAAAUGGUUCAGUAUCUUUGUGAUAAGGUAUUCGCUAUGGAAUUUAUGGUAGCCCUCUUUAUCCAUAAUGUAUGGCUAAAAUAUACAGUGUUUCUCCAGAUUGUGAAAGUUUUACUUCAACGAGGAGCGAACCCAGAUUUAAGAGACGAGGAUGGAAAGACAGCACUCGAUAAAGCACGUGAGCGGACAGACGAAGAUCAUACACAAGUUGCUCAAAUACUAGAAAGUCCAUCCUCCAAAGCGGCAUCGGUGGUGCGUAAAAAUAGUACGAGUGAUCUCCCAGAUCGCGAAUUAGCGAUUCGCGUUCUUCACGAGCUUCUUCCUAUCUUUUGCGAGAUAUUCAUGAAAUCUUUAUCUGCCAGUGUUCGGCGCACAUCGUUGUCACUUCUACGUAAGAUCGGUGGCCUCGUCAUUCCUUUAAGUGGAACUACUGAUUUGCCACCUGGUGCGGAGAAUUUGGUUUCAGUGGUUGUCUCAGUUCUUGAACAAGAAGAAGAUCAUGAUGGACAGGAGCAAGUUUUACUGAUCUUAUCUUACCUACUGCGGAAAGAUCCGGAAUUAUGGGUUCCCGAACUUGUUCGGCUGGGUGUUUUUGAACGCGUUGAGGCAAUGGCUAAGGAACCGCCAAAAACUUCCGAUGUAUAUAUCACCACCACGGAAACGCCUCCUCCAACGGUAGAGAUGGUUCCUUCGACAAAUACAUCAUCUUUAACAUUAAUGGUACCUUCAUCUUCAAAUGAUAAAGGCAAAUUACUACUACAGCAAGGUUUGUGUCGUGUAAACUAUUUUAUUAGUUUAGAUAUGCCUUAUCGCUGGAAAGAGUGGCACAUUGUUCGUGGAGACGAAUCUACAUUCAUCUGGUGUGAUGUGCUUGUGGAGAAGGGCAAGACAGGUUUGCAUAGGAAAAAAGGUGUGUUUGAAGUUAACCACAUUGUUGUUCAGGUUGAGUUUCCUCGCUGGGAGAUGUGGAGUUCUCGGUCUACAGAGCUUACAAUAAAGUGCAUUAAAAGCGAGGAGCAUAUAGUUAUAAAAGACGAACUUGGUGGUUUUGUUGUGGAAAGCAGUGACAAAACUAAGCACACUCAAAUGCCCGAAAUUGCGCUUGCUUCGGAAUUCCAUACAGGUUGGAGUUCACAGGGAGUGACUGCUAGACGAUCAAAAUUCCGUGGUGAGAUUCAGCGACGAAAAGUACAAAAAUUAGCAUGGGGGCUUUGGAAAAAUCAUCUUAAGGAAGCACGUGCCAAACCACGUGAAGCGCUUAUUGAGUUACAGAGAGCAGCAGUUUGCAUUCAGAGCAAACAUGUGAAGCAGCCUCGUAUCGAGAAGGUUCAAGAAUUGGUGUCCGCUCUAAAAUGCGUGCGUGAGUCAGUGCUGGAUGAUAGACGACUCUCUACAUUUGAAUUUUCUGUUUCCGGCAUUGUUCCUGCUUUGCAUAACUUGCUUUCUUUGGUGGAGCGUCAACCAGGCAGUUAUCCAGCUCGAAUAUUUGGAGAGACAUUUUCACAUGGAGUGGCUUUGUCCAGCCUGGCAGUGAAGAUGGUUUCUGUGCUUGAGUCCACGGAAAGAUUUCCGCAGUACCUCUAUGAUACUCCUGGUGGUUCUGCAUUUGGCCUUCAACUUCUGUCACGACGUAUUCGUAUGAAACUUGAGCAUGCAGUGAGCGAACAUGACGACAAAAACGGCCGCCUUCUUAAGAGUGAGCCAUUGACAACUGUUGGUCAGUUGAAGUCCUUCCUUUUGAAGAUGGUGGCGAAGCAAUGGUUCGACCGAGAGCGUGGAAGCUUGAGCUUUGUUAAGGCUAUUGAGGAGUCGAAAAAAAGCGGGGAUCGCUUGAAAUUGAUUUACACCAGUGACUUUGAUGAACAAGGCAUCAUAUACUGGUUGGGAACUAAUGGUAGAACUGCCUCCGAUUGGACCAACCCAGCCUCCAUAGGGAUUGUUCAGGUUACAUCUUCUGACCAGCGGCAACCAUUCGGUAAACCUGAAGAUGUUCUUAGCCGCGAUGUUAAUCCCAUCAAUUGCCAUUCAAGUGAUGAUAGGAAUGCUAAUUUCACAAUUGAUUUGGGUAUUCUUAUUUAUCCUACUGCUUAUACGUUGCGUCAUGCCAGAGGGUACGGACGAUCUGCUCUUCGGAAUUGGCUCCUCCAAGGUUCCAAAGACAAACAAGUAUGGGAAGUCUUAGUUGCUCAUUCGGAUGACACCAGUCUAGGUGACCCGGGCUCUACAGCGACUUGGCCGAUUGAAGACGAUCGUAGACCUUUCCGUUACUUUCGUAUUGCUCAGAAUGGAAAAAACUCGUCUGGGCAGACAUACUACCUAAGCAUCUCUGGUUUCGAAAUCUAUGGAGAGAUUGUUGACGUUAUUGUCGACGGUUUUACUCCUCAGAAGGAUGAUAAAGGCGGUUCUUUUGUAUGUUUUUUCUCGAUUUUGUACAUGAGAGUUGCACGUGCUGGUCGACACGCAGUAGUUGGAACAGAUGCACGUGGUAUGCGCGUUAUUCGAGGUCCUGACUGGUCAUGGGACGAUCAGGAUGGUGGAGGUGAAGGGAAAAUCGUUGGUCAUCCAAAAAUUACGGUUUCAUCUUAUUCAGGCUGGGUAGAUGUCAUGUGGGAUAAUGGGUACACAAAUUCUUAUCGUUUCGGAGCUGAUGGACGUUUUGACAUACAACGUGUCAGUGGUCGGACAUCUCUUACGUCGUCAACUCCAGCCAUUUCUGUAUUGGAGGCUGUCCGUGCAAAAGGACGAGGUCUAAUGGGCAAGUCACGGGAAACCGGUGUUGUACGGGAUGGAAGUUCAUCACCAUUCGCCUCAUUCACAGGUUUUACUCCAUUCGCCACGAAACCGCGGAAAUCUGGAGGUAAAAUCUCUGGGUAUUUUGCCUUUUAUUUAGACAUAGCACAUAAGCUGAAGUGUUUUUCUAUUUGUAUAGUUUCGACACCAUUGUCGCGGUUUUCGAAGCCAACGACUUCUACAUCGAAUGCAGUCUCAUCAAGCUCAUCUAACAUUGGAAAAAAGUCUAUGUCAACGACAAAUCUUGUAGAAGAUCGGUCGAGAACUGGACCGAGUGUUGCAUCAACUGGCCAAGCUGCAUCUGCCGAGUCGCUGCAGCAUCAAACACAAUCACUAGAAAAUUUGCUGGCGCGCUUUGUUUGGUUCUAUAUGAUUUACAUUGAACAUUACCUUGAAUUUGCAAGUAAUUAUUGUAGCCUUUCGGUGUCGGCUCCUGACCUUGCGGCGGCUCGACAACGUCAACAGUCAAGUGAUACCUUCGAGAUGGAUAAAACGGCAUUAAUCCCAGCUUUUGACCCACGACCUGGUCGCACAAAUGUGAACCAAACACAGGACGUUGAGCUUCCUUCAGUCGUUCCAGAUCCUACCCAGGCAAAACCUGUUUCGGUGAGUGGAUCAUCACCGAUGAAGCGUCUUUGCGUCUAUUUCUUCGAGGAUGACAGCAAAGUGCCUCCUGCUGUGAAUGAAUGCUUGGAAGUCAUCGGUUUGUUGUCUCGUAUUGGCGAACGGUUCCCAGAUGCACAAAUCAGCCCUCAGGUUUUUAUUAGCGACAAGUUGACACUUAAACUUACUCAGGAGCUAUCUGAUGCUCUUGUUGUUGCUGCAAGAGCCAUGCCAGAUUGGUGCGAGCGUCUUAUAUAUGGCUAUCCCUGUCUUUUCUCUGCCGAGACCAAGAAUAUGUACAUGCAAGCAACUGCAUUUGGAGUAUCGCGAACCAUUGUUUGGUUACAAUCUCGCCGAGACGCGGCUUUGGAUCGAGCUCGUGGUGCCGCCCAGAGCACUACGAGCAGUGCAGCUAGACCUCAUGACCGCUAUCAAGAGUACCGCGUAGGCCGGCUGAAGCACGAGCGAAUAAAGGUUACUAGGUCGGAAGAACAUCUUCUAGAGCAGGCUGUUCGUGUUAUGAGGUUCCAUGCUGAUCGUAAAGCUGUGCUUGAGAUAGAGUAUGUUGGUGAAGAAGGCACUGGUCUCGGACCAACUCUGGAGUUCUACGCUUUGGUUGCCGCUGAAUUGCAAAGAAAAGCGUUAGCAAUCUGGUUGUGUGAUGACAUGGAUGAGCACCAGUUGAAAAUGGAGGAACGUGAGCUUGACUUGGGCGAAGGAAAGAAACCUCCAGGAUUCUAUGUUCGUCGCGCAGGAGGUUUAUUCCCUGCUCCUCUACCUCCGCAUACUGACGAGGUUCGUCGAGCGUCGGAAAUGUUCCGAGUACUCGGCAUUUUCCUUGCAAAGGUCCUGCAAGACGGAAGACUAGUUGAUCUGCCAUUGGCGCGCCCAUUCUUGAAAUUAAUAGUUUCCCCACAUCUAAGUGAAGCUGAAGAACCUUCACUUGACCGAGUGCUUUCAUUAGAUGAUUUUGAAGAAGUACAUCCAGUCAAAGGAGGAUUUCUGAAAGAAUUGCGAGCGUUAGCUCAGAGAAAGCGAGCAAUCGAGAAUGAGCCUAUGUUGGAUCGCGAAGCUAAGAGGAGAAAAAUUGACGAAUUAAAAUUGUGCAUUCAUGGCACUCGUUGCCGCGUUGAAGAUCUCGCUCUGAACUUCACGUAUUCCUUUUUCAAAAAUCAUGUUUUUAUUAACCCACCGUCUUCGGUGUUCGAUUAUGAAGAAAUGGAGUUGGUUGAAGGGGGCGCGGACAUGGAUGUUACUAUGGAUAAUGUAGAGCUUUAUGUACAGAAAUGUGCCGACUUUUAUCUAAAUACGGGAAUUAUCAACCAAAUGCGUGCAUUCCGCGAUGGCUUCGAUCGCGUUUUUGGUCUCCGUGCGCUUCGCUCCUAUAGCCCCGAAGAAGUCCAGCGGCUCCUGUCCGGUGAGCAAUGCCCAGAAUGGACACGCGAGGACGUUUUGAAUUACACGGAACCUAAACUGGGCUAUACCAAAGACUCGCCUGGCUUCCUUCGAUUUGUUGACGUAAUGGUUGAACUCAAUCCACAGGAACGCAAGAACUUCCUUCAGUUUGCCACAGGCUGCUCAAGUUUACCACCUGGCGGACUUGCUAACCUUCAUCCUCGUUUGACGGUUGUGCGGAAAGUAGAAAGUGGUGAUGGAAGCUAUCCAUCUGUGAAUACCUGCGUGCAUUACCUCAAACUUCCGGAGUACUCAUCAGCUGAGAUAUUGCGGGAGCGUCUUCUGACUGCUGUCAACGAGAAGGGGUUUCAUCUAAAUUAG